UAAUAUUAUGAGUUCAGAUUUUAUAUUUUAUAUGUAACUUGUGGAAUGUCUGUCGAUGUGAAUGAAAAUAAAUUUGUCGGCUGAUAGUUUUGGGGUAUUUGAUUUGGGUCAGUUCGCAGAUGUAGCUGCUUGUUCUAAACUCAAACCUGGCAACAACGUGUCCACGGCGCUGCAGUUUUUGUUUCGGGACUGUUUUGAGUACUUUGCAAACAUCGGAGAUUUAUCAUAAAACGAUAUAGCUCGUAUGAUAUGUUUUUUUAAACGUAUUCACAGGUGUAAAUUAAUGUCAUUUUCAUGAAUUAUCGGCUUUGUUGCACUUAUCGUCGUCUGCUGUUGUUUUUAGCCAGCUAGCUAGCUCUGAUGUGGUUUUCGCUUUGGAUAAACUGGUUCCGAGGAUCUAGAAAAACCCGGUGCUGGGGCUCUGUUCUAUGACACAGCCGCUCUUGGACGCGCUUCCAUAUAUGUUUUAUUUGGGCCUGUUCUUUGUUAACGUCCUGAUCCUGUACUACGCCUUCUUGAUGGAGUACAUCGUCCUGAACGUGGGGAUCGUGUUCCUGCCAGAGGACAUGGACCAGGCUCUGGUGGACCUCGGGGUUCUUGUCUGACCCGGCCUCUGUCCCUACGACACUGAGCCGGACGUUUUUGAGGGUUACCUGGAGUGAAGAACCGUACUCUGAUCCACGUUUUGAUGACAUGAUGUUCCUUUGUAUCUCACCGUAAUCAUGGCAGUUUCUCAUUGGAUGCCCUCCGAUGAUGGCCUUUGUUGCAACAGUAGCCACACCUCAGGUUAUCUCUGCUCAGGAGACGAUGGACUGAGGAGAGGUUCGGCUUGGAUUUCUCUUGGGAAGAGCUCCCCCUGUUGGGCAGUCUGCUGCCAUGCAUUUAGCUGUGUUCAGGCAGCGGGGCGAUGACAUCAGAGAAGUGAACAGUUUGCUCCAAGCGGAGAGCGACAGCCAUUCUCAUGGUUUGAAAAGAUAAACAGAUCUGAGACCUGUUUCAGGUCUCGUACACAACAGUCACUAAGUGAUGACGAAAAUCGGCGAUGUUCAUCAAGAUCUGCCCUCUGACGAAGGAAAUGGCCUGAAACCGAAGUGGAACUUCUGCAGACUUUCGGAUAUCUGCGAUGGCACGAAAACCAUCCAGUGACUUAUUUUCAGGACUUUUCUGUAAAUUUUUUUUUAGAAUCCUGAAUGCAUCACAGGUUUGAAAUUUGCUCAUGAUAUGUGUUUGUUGUUUGUAUUUGCACCACAUCUCGCCGACUGGAGCCGAAUCACAGAAGCAAUUAUGUUUUGAUAAUCUGUUAUUAAUGACAGAAGCCAGAUUUUGACUCCCCCAAGCUUGUCAUAUGUGAGGAUUUGUUAAAUCACUCUAAUUGAACAGAAAAUACCUCUUAUGGGAUUUUCACAAUUUUUACAAAAAAAAUUUAGGUUUUGAUUGAUUUUUCAAAAAUGUGAACAUGUUUAGAUUUUGGUCAAAUAAUGUGAAGCUGAGUCCUCUGGCUGAACUUUAUGAUGGCCAUUUUUUUCUGACAUUUUAUAUCACCAUCACAUUAAUAAUUACGGAAAAUAGCCGUUAGCUGCUGCUGACCACUUGUGCCGAUUAGCUGCUGGACAAAUAUGUGAUCUGGCUGUAAAUCAGGAUCACCAAAGAUUUUUUCAGAGAGUAUUAAGGAAUAGCUGUUUGAUUUACAUUUUGUUAACCCAUAGCAGUUGAAUAAUCUUGAGUUGUAAGCAAUUUUAUUUAUUUUUGUAAUUUGAUCACUCGUAGCCGAGUUACAUCAGCAGGUCACAAGUCUGAGUACACAGGACUGUGCACAAGUCUUUGACAAAUAAUGUGACAAUUUCUGCAACAUAUCAAUUGCUCAUAAGCAGUGUUACAUGAUAAUUUAAAUAAAAUGUGUUUAUUUGGGAGCA